ACCUCCAAACUUCGCUUUAGUUUGUGCCCUCUAUUUCUUUGUUAAACUUCUCAUCUUCCAGAGGAUUUCCAUCAGCAUGGGAACGAUUAAAGCCCCUAGAGGAAAGAUACCAUUAUCCAUAAUUGCCAUAUUAUUCUGCGUUUUUGCCUUCAUGGCUCUUCUGUACACUGAAAGACUGAGUUUUCUUUCUUCCGGAUCUAUUUUCAAGUUUAGGCCCUGUGCAGCCAGGUAUAAAAUGUCCAAAACAGAUAAUAAAAGGUCAGUGAACAAACAAAUUGAUUAUGCAGCAGACGACCGGUUCGAAUUUGAUCCAGAGGAAUGCGACAUUGGUCAUGGGAAAUGGGUGUUUAACCGCUCGAUUAAGCCGUUGUAUUCGGACAGGACAUGUCCCUAUGUUGACAGGCAAGUUUCCUGCGUGAAGAAUGGUAGAAACGACUCGGAUUACCGGCACUGGCAAUGGCGGCCAGAUGACUGCAUGUUACCUAGGUUCAAUCCAGAUAUUGCCCUAAAAAAGCUUCAAGGAAAGAGGCUGAUGUUUGUUGGGGAUUCACUGCAGAGAGGGCAAUGGCAGUCUUUUGUUUGCCUCGUUGAACACAUAAUUCCUAAAAGCCAGAAGUCCAUGAAGCGAGGCCGUGUUCAUUCAGUUUUUAGAGCUAAGGAGUACAACACCACAAUUGAGUUUUAUUGGGCUCCAUUUCUAGUUGAGUCGAACUCAGACGAACGCAUAGUAGGAGAUCCAAAGAAAAGAAUUCUAAGAGUUGAUUCAAUUGCGAAACAUGCCAAACACUGGGUAGAUGUAGACAUUCUUGUUUUCAAUACUUACGUCUGGUGGAUGAGCGGUCUCAAGAUCAAGUCUCUAUGGGGUUCAUUUGCCAAUGGGGAGGAAGGUUCUGAAGAGCUGGACGCACCUGUUUCGUACAGAAUAGGAUUGAAGACAUGGGCGAACUGGGUUGAUUCCACAAUCGAUCCUAAUACAACUCGAGUGUUCUUUACUACAAUGUCUCCCACGCAUCAGAGGAGUGAAGACUGGGGCAACAAGAAUGGGAUCAAGUGCUUCAACGAGACAAAACCCAUCUUGAACAAAUGGCACUGGGGAAGUGGUUCAGAUAGAAGGAUGAUGAAUGUGGUGGCCAGUGUAGUUGAAAAGAUGAAAGUGCCUGUCACGUUCAUUAACAUAACACAACUAUCCGAGUACAGGAUUGACGCUCACUCAUCAAUUUACACAGAGUUACAAGGACAAUUGUUGACGGACGAGCAAAAGGCUGACCCGUUACACAAUGCGGAUUGCAUACACUGGUGUUUGCCGGGAGUCCCUGAUACUUGGAAUCAAAUACUUUUUGCACAUCUGUAGCAAACAAAAAUGGAUACCAAUUUAAAUUGGCAGUACAGUCUAGGUGGUUGUAAACUUCCCCAAGGAAAUUUCUUAUGCUGUAAAUGCAGCAUAAGAUUCAGUGUUGCUUGUACUUUGUAUGGAUGGGGUGUAUAAAAUCUCUUGCUCAAACCAGGACACCUGCGAUUCUGU